CUUCCUUUUCUUCCUCUUCCUUCUCCUCUUCUUCCUCCUCCUACGUCCCUCCUCCUCCUCCUCCUCUUCUUCCUCCUCCUCCCUCCUCGCUGCCUCGAUCACCAUCACGCCAGAGGCGGGUCGAGGAUGCGAUGGCCUGCUUGGGCGCCGACGCCGUCGUUGUGGGCGUGCACAAGAGGCUCGGCACGCCCGAGGUGGCCGCCUGCCAGCUGUCCCAGCGCGCCCCCUCCACCGAGGAGUUCGUGGCCAAGGCCACGUCGUCGGGGCGGCGUCGGACGACGGAGCGGGCAGGUUCCUGGCGUCCGACGACGAGCUGGCCGUGGCGGCCUUCGAAGAGGCCUUCCCGCCGGGCGGCCCCGUCGAUCUGUGCCUCCGCCGGGGCGUGAGGCGGUCGGUGGGCGGCGUGCGCGAGGACGGCGUGGACAACGAGGUGCACCGCUCGCCCUGCGAGGCGGAGGACGCGGAGGACGCGUUGGCGGACGCCCUUUGCUUGGCCAGGUGCUCGGACCUGGUCUGCAUCGACUCCAACCUCUCCAUCUUUGCGGCGCUGUGGAACCCGGGCCUCCGGCUGCACCCCCUCAGCAGCCUGCUCCCCGAGGGCUGGGAGGACGCCUCGCUUGCUCCAGACGAGCCAGUGCACCAGCGGUACGAGGUGGUCUUCAAGCCCAUGGUCUUCGUGCGCGCGGGCCCCUCGGCCGCCUGCGAGCUCCUCGGCGCGCGCAAAGUCGGCGAGGUCGUCGAAGCUACGGGCCGCGGCUACGACGGCUGGAUCGAGAUCAGGGGCGGCGGGUGGAUGCUGACGGACGGCGAGCGCAUCCUGCAGAACCGCGGCAGCGGCCUCCUCCUCCGACCCGUGGGGCCUGCGCUGCCGCCGCCGGGGGCCGCGGCGCUGGGAGGGCACGGCGGCUGCGAAGGCUGAUCGAGAAGGCGAAGGGCUACCAGGCGGGGGGUACCGGAGGGCAGCGCAACGCCGCGCUCGUGACGGCGUCGGAGGCGCUCCAGGCGAAGGGCACGCCGGCUGCUCAGAGCGCGAGCAGGAAGCGCUUGAGUGCAAGCGCCGUUGGGGAAAUCACAUUCAGUCCGGUCCGCGGGUCGAUUGCGACAGCGGCCUUGUCGCUCGCCACUUCGAUCGUGUUGGCGGCGUGGGUUUGCAGUUCUGGCGUGCAUUCAGACGGAGGAUUCGGCUGCUUCGCUUGCCGCGCCAUCGACGUUGCAUUCAUCGCUGCUGGGCGCGUGCGCCCUGCGUUCGUCGAUAUGAUGUCCUGGCAUUCGGCGUCGAAGCCCUUCGUGGCCAUGAUGCGGGCAGCAUGCGCGUUCCACCUGCGGGGGGCCCUCUGCGCCGUGCCAGGGCCCGAGUCUUCCUGGAGACAGUUGCUGAAGAUGUCGGAAGAGUCGAAGGGCUGCGAAGCUCAGUUCACCGAGGGGGGUGGCCUGAUCGAGGAGCGCCUGGGGGAGGCCGCUCUGGUGGCGUCGGGGGUCAGCUGGCCCGCAGUGAUGGCGGCGGCAUUUGCGGCGAAGGCAGCCGUCGACCCCGCGGCCAGGGCGGCGGCGGCGCUGUCGGGGGAGAAGUUCGCGGAGGCGCAGGCGACGCGGGAGGUGGCCGCGGCCGCGGCCAGCGCCGCGGCGGGCAACGGAGGCGGCGCCACCUGCGCCGAGAUGGGCCGGGCGGCGAACGGCGUCUCGUGGCUGGGCGUCGAGAGGCGCGCGCGGCUUCGGAGCGGCUUCGCGGGCGUCGAGUCGAGGGCGACAGCGAGAUGCAGCGGCAGGUCGUGGGCAUCUUUUGCCGCGUACGUCUUGGGGCUGAAGUCGCCGGUGCCUGGGGUCACCGCGCCGGAGCUGGACAUAGCGCUCAAACGAAUGUGGCGCGGUGCCGCGGGGACGGGCGUGCCCCGGAGGAAGGAGGGCGGCGGUGCCGGCUGCUUCCCGGGCCGGGCCAGCGUCUACGUGAAGGGCCGCGGCCCGGUGCGCCCGCUGGCUGCUGCAGCGUCGGCCCCCCGCAUCCGCGCGCUCGCCUGCACUGCCGAGCUCAUCGGGAAGUGCAAGAAGGCCGAGCACAGGCAUCUGCUGUUCAGCCCUUUCGUGGGCCACAUGCACAAGGAGGGUGGGCGGCCGGCCAUGGGCAGCGAUGGCGGCGAGCAGCCGCCGGCGCGCUUCGCGCACCUGCGGGGGCCUCGGCCGCGCGCCGGCCAGGGCGGGGGGUCCAGAUCGGUACGCUUCCAGGCCCCCCGGGGCUCGGCGGUGCAGACCUGGGGCCCGAGGGACGGGGCCCCGAGCGCGAUGGAGACCUCCACGGACGCCCGCGCGAAGAAGGCGUCCGUGAACGCCCUCGCGCAGAAGGCCUCCGCGAGCGCCGGCGCGCCGAAGACUUCCGCGGGCGUCUUCGCGACGCAGGCCUCCCCGAGCGCGAGCGCCGCGACGCCGGGGAUGAGCCGGGAUGCGCCGAGGGGCCGAACGUGGCAGUGGCGCCGGAAGCUGGCGAUGGCAACGCGCGCAGAGUUGACCGACCACGACGCGCUUGCGAGGACCCCGCACUGCGCGCCACCGCUCCGGAACCAUGCGUACGCCAGCAGGCGGGGCCGACGUGAACGCCCCCCCGCCUGGGCGCCUCCCGUGGAGGGUGGCGCCGGCGCCCGCGCGGGCUCGCCGGAGGCCGAGCUGACGCGCGCCGGUAUCUGCCAGUGCCCGCUGCCGGCGGAGUCCGUGCGCGCCAUUGGCCUGCUGCGCCGCGCCUUCGAGGGCCUCGACCUCGAGGGCCUCUUCGCCCUACCGCACGGCGCGGCGGUCACGGUGGCCCCCGUGGCGCGUGCGGACGAGGCCACCGAGGCGCCGACCGAGGGCCGCUGCGGGCGCGGCGCGGCCGACGGGGAGUCGUUGCGCUUCGUGCUCACGCUCUCGCGGCCCACGCAGAGCAUGCGGUGGCUGUGCGCGGGAGACUCGCGGGCCCUGGACGCCUUCGAGCGGGUGGCGGCCCCAGAGGUGCGGCGGCGGCUGGCCGCUGUGGCUGGCUGCGAGGUGGAGGUGAACGCCGGGUGCUUCAUCAUCGUGCGCGACGGCGUCGCGCACGAGGAGUGCGCCCCGCACUACGACUUCUUCUCGCAGGCAAUCCCGCGCGGGACCGCCUUCACGCUGAUGACGCCCCUGUCCGAGCAGCACCCGGCCCACGUGGGCGGGCUCGAGUUCUGGCCCUGGGCCGGGCCGGGCCUGCCGCACAAGAGCAGCGACGAGGCCUACAGGCUGUGCGUAGGGAGGUUGGGCAAGGAGCCUAAGGCGAGGCGUCCGCCGCCCUGCCCCGCCGGCUCUCCGACCGGGCCGGCGGCUCGCGGGCGGCGCGCUGCGGGUGCUGGUGUGCGCCUACCUGUCUGGCUGCGGGGCGACACCCGGGGCGUGGCCCCACGUGGAGCGGCACCUGCUGCGCCAGGUGAGCUCCGGGUGCGUGCGCACCGGGCUCUCGGAGCGCGCCCGCGCGAGGUGCGCUGGCGAGGAGAGGUGCCUCCGAGGGAGGGCGCCGCGUCCCGCGACGACGGCGCGAAGGACCCACCCC